AUGUCCUACUCGUCCAUGGCAGUCCCCAAUGGGAAGCGCCAUGGAAGCCCCCGGUCUCAACCAAGCGUCGAUGCUAGGGUUAAUCCCUCCAAUCCAACAUCAGUGAAUGGCGGAUCAGCCCCGGCUCAGUCCUGUGAGAAAAAGAGCUUGACAUUUGCCAACCAGGACUCCUUGCCAAAGUUGCCUAUUCCCGACCUUGAGAGCACAUGCAAGAAAUACCUAGAAGCACUAUCAGCUUUGCAAACCCCACGAGAGCAGGAAGAAACAAAGGCUGCUGUUCAGGAAUUCCUCAAGACAGAUGGCCCUAUUCUUCAGGAGAAGUUGAAGAAUUAUGCCUCGUCCAAAACGAGUUAUAUUGAACAAUUCUCUGUUGUCUUGAAUCUUAACCCGUUCUUUUUGCUGGAAGAUGACCCCACGCCUGCCAGGAACAAUCAGGUGACUCGGGCGGCCUCACUUGUCAUGUCUGCUCUCUCCUUUGUUCGGGCUGUCAGGCGGGAGGAGCUUCCACCUGACACGGUCCGAGGAACACCACUAUGCAUGUACCAGUACUCUCGACUAUUCGGAACUGCGCGUCUACCCACGGAAAAUGGGUGUAUCAUCAGCCAGGACCCGCACGCAAAACACAUCGUGGUUUUGUGCCGGGGUCAGUUCUACUGGUUUGAUGUUCUUGACGAUAACAACGACUUGAUCAUGAGCGAGAAGGAUAUCGCGGUUAACCUGCAGGUGAUCAUUGGCGAUGCCGAACAGACCCCAGUACAGGAGGCCGCAAAGGGUGCCCUUGGUGUUCUCAGCACCGAGAAUCGGAAAGUAUGGUCGGGUCUGAGAGAUAUCCUGACCAAGGACGAGGGGUCCAAUAACUCGGAAUGCUUAAACAUUGUCGACACAGCUUUGUUUGCUCUCUGUCUGGACGACACAGAACCGGAGAAUACGUCGCAGCUUUGCGCCAACAUGCUCUGUGGUACGAGUGAGGUCGUCAGAGGUGUCCAGGUUGGUACCUGUACCAACCGGUGGUACGACAAACUGCAAAUCAUUGUGUGCAAGAACGGAAGUGCUGGUAUCAACUUCGAACACACUGGUGUCGAUGGCCACACGGUUCUGCGCUUCGCUAGCGACGUGUACACAGACACGAUCCUUCGUUUCGCCAAGACUAUCAACGGCCAGGCCCCAUCGCUCUGGGCAACUGCCAGUCCUGAUCCCUCAAAGCGUGACCCCGGAGCUUUGGCAAUCAUUGCCUUGCGAUUUGCCGAGUCUCAUCUUGCCGAUCUCCUCCAGCAGCAUGAAUUCGCGGUUCUCGACUUUGAAGGGUAUGGCAAGAAUUUCAUCACCUCGAUGGGCUUCUCUCCGGAUGCCUUUGUGCAGAUGGCAUUUCAAGCCGCUUAUUAUGGACUGUAUGGUCGCGUCGAAAACACAUACGAGCCGGCAAUGACCAAAUUCUUCUUGCACGGCCGGACGGAAGCCAUCCGAACGGUCACCAACGAAUGUGUCGACUUUGUGAAGACCUUUUGGGGCGACAACCCUGCAGAGCAGAAGGUCAACGCUCUUCGCAAGGCGACUGAAAAGCACACCGCCAUCACCAAGGAAUGCUCCAAGGGACAGGGACAGGAUCGCCAUUUGUAUGCCCUGUACUGUGUUUGGCAAAGAUCCUUCGACGAGGGCAGUCCGUCAGCGGGCAAUAGCGUUGAAGGUGGAUCCAACGGAUACUCGAGCCCUGUUGAGAACGGAUCGGCCAUCGAUUCUCCCAAAACGUCGUCCUCCAUGUCCGAGGACGGCCUGUCCUCGAACGGCUAUAGCUACCGCGGUAUUCGCACACUGCCGCCCACUCCGGCCAUCUUCAGCGAUCCCGGCUGGGACAAAAUCAACAAUACGAUCUUGUCCACGUCCAACUGCGGCAACCCGAGUCUGAGGCACUUUGGUUUUGGACCGACAUCCGCAGAUGGAUUUGGUAUCGGUUACAUCAUCAAAGACGAUUCUAUCUCGAUCUGUGCCUCGUCCAAGCACCGGCAGACUGCCCGGUUGAUGCAAACGCUGGAGUCGUAUUUGUACGAGAUUCGAAAGCUGCUCCGCGCCACCAACCGUAAGGCGGUCAGCCCUCGCACUAGCAGGGCACGGGAGAUGGAGAUGCUUGCCGAGCGGUUCCAAAACGAUAAUCGCCGGGGCCGGCUAGUCCGCGGCGAUUCUGGUUUGAUGCAACGGGGUACAGAUACGCCAACUACGGACAGUGGCGAUAUCGAGGAUGAUGGCAUGGGUGGAUAUGGCUUCUUUGACUCGGGCAUGCUGCUUCAUGCUCUUAAAGGGUUGAGUGUCGACCGGGAGCGAGCCGAUAAGCCUGCGAAACGUCGGUUCAUCGGAAAGAAGUUGCGGUUAAAUGAAAACUGA